CGAUUGCGAACGCAUUUUACUAGUGGAACCGGUGUGUUAAGCUGCUGCUUCUGUGCUGUAGUGAUAUCCUGGACAUUGUUGUGGCUAAGCAGACCCCAGCAAAGCUUUCCCAGAGGUUGUGGAAGUGCAUCCCGUGUACGUAUUUGUGUGGGCCGCCGUAUGUGGUGAUUAAGCUCCUGACUGCAACACAUUGGAAGCUCGAUGUACUGCUAACCCAGUACCUGCUGCCCAGGAACAGAAACCGGCCAAAUUCGGAUCCUUUAAUCUAAUUAUUACGUCGUCUGAGAAAGGUGUACAAAAUGUCCCACGACGUUCUCAAUAUCGUUGUAGUGGGAGAUGGUACCGUCGGCAAAACAUGCCUAUUGCAUGCCUACACGGAUGAAUCAUUCACAAACUUCUAUACACCGACAAUAUAUGACAAAGAAUCGAUUGAAAUGGUUUUGGACGGAGUGAGGCAUACGAUUACUCUCCACGACACAGCCGGGCAGGAAGAUUAUGACCGCAUCCGGCAACAGUUUUACAAGAAGGCACAGUGCUUCCUUCUUUGCUACAGCAUUGAUAAUCGUGUCACAUUCGAAAACAUCAAGGCAAAAUGGAUUCCAGAGCUAUCGGCAACGGGCAAUAAAGUUCCCAUCGUUCUAAUCGCCACAAAAGUAGAUCUUCGCAGAUAUAUUGACACUGAGGUCAGCACCGAGGAGGGUGCAAAACUCGCACGUAAGAUCAACGCCAAUUGUUUUGUGGAAUGCUCGGCCAAAAAUGACAUAAACGUCAAACUUGCAAUAGAGGAAGCCGUUCGAGCGUGCAUCUAUGGCGUACCAAUACCGGAACCGGACGAGCAGUGCUGCGGGCUGUGUCCCAUUUCUUAGUGCGGUCAAAUUUUUCAAGUUCCGAUUAGAUCUUUUAAGUUUUUUUUGUUAAGUUGUACGUACCGAACGGCAAUCAUUCAUUGAACGAAAGCUCAUAGCAUAAAGUGUUAUAUACUAUUCGACUUAGAUACAAAAUACAUCCGUUACAAAAUAGAUGAAUAACUAUGAUAUU